GUGGUUUUCUCCAGAGUCGCUCGUGUCUGUAAGAAUGAUAAUGGCGGUUCCCCGAGGGUGCUGGAACGUUACUGGACGUCAUUCCUCAAAGCCCGGCUGAACUGCUCCGUGCCGGGAGACUCCUUCUUCUACUUCGAUGUUCUGCAGUCGCUGACAAACGUUCUGCAGAUCAACCACCGGCCGGCCGUGCUGGGCGUCUUCACCACGCAGGCCAACAGCAUCACCGGCUCUGCAGUGUGCGCUUUCUACAUGGACGACAUCGAGAAGGCCUUCAGUGGCAAAUUCAAAGAGCAGAGGAACAGCGAGACAGCGUGGACACCUGUUCCCGAGGAUCAGGUCCCAAAACCAAG